AUGGUUCUGUUUCUUUUUCGUAUCUUCAAUUUGGUUCAACCCCAACAUCAUCAUGAUCAUCAAAAACUAUCUAGAAGCAGUCCUGUUUCAGCUAUGGUGACACGUGAAUUCCUUGUGGUCAGAAACUUCAAGGACAUUAAUGAGAGGAAAGAUUUGCAAGAAAGUUGUGCAGUUUGCUUGAAUGAGUUUGAGGGUGAUGACAAGAUUAGAUGCUUGAUAAAUUGUACGCAUACUUUCCAUCAAGGUUGUUUGGAUCGUUGGAUGGAUCUUGUUCAAGGUACUUGUCCGAUUUGCAGAACUCCAAUUUUGCCAUAUGCAUGUCAAGAUGAAUACAAUAAACGACUUAAUGUUGUCAAUAAUCUCCACAUGAAGUCCUACUAG